CCCAUUUCUCGAGCUGAUACCACAGGAAACCCUAGAACGCGUGUGAUAUAUUCCGCCGCAGCCAAUCGCUCGACGCUCUCGAUCUCCUCUCCUCUUCGUGGGGCGUCGCAAACUCUCUCCCUCAAGAUGUCGAAGCGAGGACGUGGAGGAUCUGCCGGAAAUAAGUUCCGGAUGUCACUGGGUCUGCCGGUGGCCGCGACUGUGAAUUGCGCCGACAACACGGGCGCGAAGAAUCUUUACAUUAUCUCCGUUAAGGGGAUCAAAGGCCGGCUUAAUCGGCUUCCUUCGGCCUGCGUUGGCGACAUGGUCAUGGCCACCGUCAAGAAAGGGAAGCCCGAUCUGAGGAAGAAGGUCAUGCCGGCCGUCAUUGUGAGGCAGCGGAAGCCGUGGCGCAGAAAGGACGGCGUCUACAUGUACUUUGAAGAUAAUGCUGGAGUUAUUGUGAAUCCUAAGGGAGAAAUGAAAGGCUCUGCUAUCACUGGACCCAUUGGGAAGGAAUGUGCUGAUCUGUGGCCUAGAAUUGCUAGCGCGGCAAAUGCUAUUGUCUGAUGGAAGUGUGAUGGAAGAGUCAUAGCUGUGGCUAUCUAUGAAUUUUGUGUUUUUCGAUCGAGCUUAGUGAACUUCAACUUUCUCUACUGUGCCUUAAAUAUAGUUGCAGGUUUUUGUCAAACAGCGAAUGUUAUUCUAGUUCUUGCACUCAUUUGGAUAGUUUUUGAUCGUCGUGUGUUUGUUUUAA